UAUUAUUAGAAUUUUAUCUGUUUUCAACUUUCAUCUUUCUGUCCUUUUCUUCCUCCUCUCUCUCUCUCCAAAUUAUAUAAUUUACAUUUGUUUCUCUCUCUCUCUCUUACUGAUUUUCUUUAUUCAAUCUCUUUCUCUCUCUGUUUCUCCCCUUUCUUUUCUCUCUUUCUUUCAAUUCUCUUUCGCACUCACUGUUACCAGUCAGUGUCUUUUGCUCGCUUAAACUAUUGGUGUUUCUAUUCAUCGGUGUUGAAAAUCCCUUGGAAAUAUAAAAUAAAGGACUAUUUUAUUGUGUUCUUGGUUAAAUUCUUAAUUACCUGUUUAUGUUAAUUGGUUAUCAGCACUUGUAAUCAAUUGACAUCAAAUUCAUCAUUGUUGCUUCAUCUCUAUUUUAAAAAAAAGAAGGUGAUAUAAUUGGUCUCCCUGUUACACUUAUUUUUUUCUCUCCAAAGACAAUUUACCAAAAUCUCAAAGAGAAGUGUUUCCAAGCCGGUUUCGAAUAUCUAAAAGUUUCAAAAUGGCAACACCUUACAUUGGUUCUAAAAUCAGUUUAAUUAGUAAAUCUGAAAUUCGCUAUGAAGGAGUAUUAUAUACCAUUGACACCCGUGAAUCAACCAUUGCUCUUGCACAAGUUCGAUCUUUUGGUACCGAGAAUCGUCCAGUAGAUAAAUAUAUAGCUCCACGUGAAGAAAUAUUUGAAUACAUCAUAUUUAGAGCUAAUGACAUUAAAGAUCUUAUUGUCGAUGAUCCUCCCCCAGCAAGUAUUACUCAAGCAUUGGGUGAUCCAGCUAUAAUCCAAGCUCAAUCAUCAAUGCCCAGUAGUAGUACAACAUUUACCAAACCUAGUUUGUCAACUGGAGCACCUUCCACUGGUUUAAAUGGACCUUCAUCACAAAUCACUGUUGGUUCAACAUCAGCCAUUGCACCGCCAACAUCUCGACCAGUCGGUAGUAUCGCCAAUAUGCCAGUAUUUACCAGUGCUGCCGCUGGAAGUCAAAGCAGUGUAACUAGUGGUCCACCUGCUGUACCAGCUUUCGGUGGGGCUACAACAUCUAUGGGUUUCCGAUCAGGUAACUCAUCACCUACUGGUGGCCAUAGACGUAGUCCUGUAUCAGAUUCGGUUCCACCCAAGGUUCAAAACAAUCGUGAUGAUAAAGCUUCUAAAAACCAUUUACAAAACAGAGAUCCGAGAAACCAUCAAAAUUACAGGGAUGGUUAUCGAGUUAGUGGCGUUAUGGGGGGUGAUCGACGACAAGGUCCUCCACAGUAUGGCCGAAGACCAAUGAUUCCUGGACCAGAACUUCUUCCAUCUGUACGUAAUAUGAAUUUCCGUGGUAGAGGUAGACAAGGACCACCUCCACCACCUCCUCAAAUCAUGGGACCCCCUAAAAGAGGACCACCAAUGAUGGGACGAGCUCCCCCGCUACCUAGACCUCAGUAUAACCGAGGACCCAUUCAACGUAAUACAAAGCCCACAACCUCUCUAAAGAUAGAAGAUGAUUUUGACUUUGAAAAGGCAAAUAAGGAAUUUGAAGAAUUAGAAAACAAAUUGUCUAAAGUUAAAUUAGAGGACAGUGAAAAGAAGGAAGGAGAAACAGGAUCAACACAAUCACCUCAACAAUCCCAGCAACCUCAACAAUUACAACAACAACCACAACAACCUGUCGAUAAUGACGAUAAAUCUACAAAAGAUGGUGAUGAGAAAAAGGAAGACGAAGAAUAUGUAUUUUAUGACAAGGCAAAAUCUUUCUUCGAUAAAAUUAGCUGUGAAGCUUUAGAAAGAAGUAAAGGAAAAGUCAGCAGAAUAGACUGGAGGCAAGAACGUAAAAUGAAUGCUGAAACAUUUGGUUUAACUGCUAAUAACUUCAGAAGAGGAGGAUACCGUGGACGAGGAGGAUUUAACGGUGGCUUUUCCGGAUACCAAAGGCAGAAUUAUAACAAUGGAAACCGUAACUUCAACCAUAAUCAUAGACUAGGAGGUGGACGUAAUUAUGGUUCAAAUUCAAGUGAUCGACGAGUGAAUCAACCCCGUGAAGUAUCCUGGUAAAAAAAAAUGAACACAAUCAUCACUCAAACAAAUCGGUUUUAUCACAAAUACAAAGUUGAAAAGAAAAUUAAAUGGUACGACACACAAAACAAUUCAAAACAAAGAGAAUUUCAAAAACAAGCAAAUGAACCAAUGAAAAACAACAAACAAAUCAGUUUUAUCACAAAUACAAAGAAGAAAAAAUUUAAAUGGUUCAUUUCAUUGGUUCAAACAGUUCAACAAAACAAAAGAGAAUUUCAAAAACACGCAAAUAUGAACCAAUGAAAAAGAAGUAAAUUUACCAACAUGAAAAAUUAAUAUGAUGAUAAUAAUAAUAUGAAUAUGAAUAAUUAAAAAAAAAAUACAAUCUAAGUUAUAGCAAAACUUCAAAACAAAGAGGGAAAAAACUUCAUGUUGAAAUUAUAAAGAAAAAAAAUUUUUGGUAAUUAAAAAUCUGCACAUUAAUCAUAA